AUGUUGGACUGCGAUUUUACCGAACCUUUGCGGUUUGACGACACGAUUUUUGUGCCCGCGAUCCAAGCUGGGGCGGAACAAGUUGGCGAGAACCAGGCACCAUCUCAACGGCAGAAGCAGCAUCGACCAUGCUUUUUCAACAAGCGCGAAGCUGAGGAACACCAACUCCAGCAGGAACUGCAGUACCGCAACACCCAGCGCCAGAAACAAGAACAAGACCAACAACAACACCAGCGAACCCAGGAACGAACCACCAUCCGUCAAGAGCGUGCCUCUCUUCAGACUCGACUCCGUGAACUCCAGGAACGAGAGAAGGAGCUUGACCAGUUGGAUCGGGAGGAUCGUUUAAAGGAGAACGAGCAGCGGAUGCAACAAACUCGUGAGCAGUUGCAGUGGACCCAGGAUUGUCUGCAGCGUGUUGAACAGGAACGACGACGACUCGAAAAUGAACGCGAUAGGCUGGAGCAGGAACGAAUCUCACUUGAGCGUGCUCGGAAGCAGAUGACCGUUUCUCAGAAGCGCAUCUAG